GGAGAGAGAGAGGGAGGGAGAGGCGCAAGGAGGAGCGCGCACGUCGCACUAUCAACUGGAUUCCAUCUCGGAAAACAACUCCGGGGAAGUCUUUAGCGCGAGAGACACCGAAGUGCAAGCGAGUCGAUCCCCCACUCCGAGCGCGCACGGGGCGGACGCAGCCGGCUGUCAUGGCCCGCGACGAAGCAGGCGGCGGAGACUUCCAUCAGCGGGUCCUCGCGGUUCUGCAUGAGUGGACGGGGAGCAGCGGGAGCUGCGAUCGUCGCCCUGCGUUCUGCCGCCCUUGCUCCGUGGCGCCGGCUCCGUUGAGUUAAAGAGGCCAAAACCAAAAGUAAGCGUCGAGGCGGUGGCGUCAAAUAAUAUGCUGCGAGGACGCUCGAUCGCAACCUUCCAGACGGACCUAUGCGCAUGAGCAUCCUGCAGCCCGCCGCAUGCGAGAAGGCAGAAAAGUUCAACGGCGGUAGCGGCUCGGGAGGGCAGUGGGGGGGACGGAUAAAGACUCGUCAAAGGUCUCUGAUUCCAAAUGUCACCCUGUUUGGACUCUGCCCCGGUCGGGGAACAGCGGCAGUGCGUGACGGUCAGGCGAAAGGAACCCGCAGUGGCUCGCAGCCGCGCGGCUUCAAACCGGCCCCGGAUGAGCUCGGCACGGCGCCACCGCUGACCAGCCCCGCCAUGGUCUGACGUCUCGGCAUGGAUGGAGUCAGUCAAAGGACCGGCCGCCAUCGAUGAGACCCGUUGCUCUUCAGUCGAGGACCAACAUCGACGGGACUACUCCCGCUUGUUCUUGAUCGUUUCCCAGCAGCGACCGACAUGAUGACCAGAUUCCCUGCGGUGGACUUUUUUUAAAAUGUCGUAUUUGCUGGAUUAUUCCACUAUUUAGUUUUAGUUUUAGUUUUUCUUUGUUUUACUCCCUUCGAGUUCUUUUUAUUUUUGUGGUUAUUUUCUUCACUUCCUUAUUUUGAAUUUUCGGCCAUGGAGUUUCCGACCGGACCCUGGAAUAAGGAUUGGACUUCAUUCUUCCAAUGUUGGUUGACUGUCAUCCUAAGCCUUCAGAUGCAAUUCAGCCCAGGUGCCUCUUGCCCGGAAGAGUGUCGUUGUGACAAAUUAUUUGUGUACUGCAACGAACGCGGCCUGACAUCCGUACCGCUGGGGAUACAGGAAGGCUACAACGUCCUUUACCUUCAUAACAACCAGAUCAACAACGCCGGCUUUCCCGUGGAACUUCACAAUCUGGCCUCUGUGGGGACGGUGUAUCUCUAUGGCAACCAGCUGGAUGAGUUUCCCAUCAAUUUGCCCAAAAACACCCGCGUACUGCAUCUACAGGAGAACAAUAUUCAAACCAUCUCCAGGGCGGCCCUGGCGCAGUUGACCCGACUGGAGGAGUUGCACCUGGACGACAACUCCAUCUCCACCGUGGGGGUGGAAGAAGGGGCCUUUCGGGAGGCCGUCAGCCUCAAACUCCUCUUCCUCACCAAGAACCACCUAAGCAGCGUUCCCAUCGGCCUCCCCGAGGACUUGAAAGAGCUGCGAUUGGAUGAGAAUCGAAUCGCUAACAUCGCCGAGGAGGCCUUCCAGAACGUGACGCGUCUGCAGCGCCUCCUGCUGGACGGGAACCUGCUGACCGAUGAGGGCAUCGCGCCGGGGACCUUCCAGGAACUGGCCAGCCUCCGGGAACUGGCGCUGGCCCGCAACUCGCUCACCUUCCCGCCUCCGCUUUUACCGAGCCAGUCGCUGGUCAAACUCAGCCUGCAGGAGAACCAGAUCGACCAGAUCCCGGUUGAUGCAUUUGCGGACUUAAAUAGGCUGGAGAAGUUGGAUAUUUCCAGCAACCAGCUUCAGACUCUCACGCAGGGCGUAUUUGACAGCCUGUCGAGCUUAAGGCAUCUCAUCGUGCGAAAUAACCCCUGGCGCUGCGACUGUGCGGUGAAGUGGGUGGUGGUGUGGCUCAAGUCAUUGCCUUCCUCCAUCAACGCCCGAGGCUUCGUGUGUCAAAGUCCCGACAGGGUGCGCGGGAUGGCCAUCCGCGAGCUCACCUUGGAUAUCAUCGAAUGUCCGCUCGACGCCGACCAGCCUCCGUGGCCGACUCUUCGCUCCACGCCUCCCCCUCCUCCCACCACCACCUCCCCGACCACCGCAAUCUCCACUCUUGCGACCACGCCCGUCCCCGACUAUUCGGACUCGCCUUCUCCGCCCUCGCCCCCGAUCCAUCACAAUCCUCCCGGCCCCCUGCCUCCUUAUGAGGACCCCCUUCAGAUUUCCUUCCACGUGGUUAACUCCUCGAGUAUCGAGGUGAGCUGGGCGUCCUAUUUCACCGUCACAGCUUACAAAGUCACUUGGGUUAAACGGGGCCAAAGCCAGAUGAACGAAGGGAUGCGGGAACGGACGGUGGGCGGUGGGCAGCGGCGUAUCGGCCUCACCCACCUGGAACCCCGAUCUGUGUACCGGAUCUGCGUGCACGUUUUGGACUCUCAUAACUCCUACAGGCCCGGAGAGGAUACAAUUUGCUCCGAGGCCAGGACCAAGUCGGCCUCGCCAACCAAGUCUCCCGGUUCGGGGCAAACUCCGAAAGAGAGCGUUAAUUCCACCUUGUUAAUGGCCGGCAUCAUCGGCGGAGCGGUUCUGAUCAUCUUGGUGACGCUACUCAGCCUGUUUUGUUGGCACAUGCACCGGAAGAGCCGGUCGUCUUCGACCAAGUGGAAAUACAACCGAGGCCGCAGAAAAGACGACUACUGCGAGGCCGGGACCAAGAAGGAUAACUCCAUUCUUGAAAUGACUGAAACCAGUUUCCAGAUAGUGGCGCUGAACAACGAGCAGCUGCUCAAGGGAGAUUUCCGCAUUCAGCCCAUCUACACGCCCAACGGGGGGAUUGGAUUUAGAGACUGUCACCUCAGUAACAAUAGCUUAGCCUACUGCAAGAGCAGCAACGUACCCAGUACAGAGUUUUGCCACACGUGAUGCCGGGGCGGAUAUCGCUCUGGUGAACCCAAAAACUCCGCAAGUGAUUGACAAUACACACAAUGCCCACAGACCCGCCCGUUUGUGUGGACAAUAGCAGAAAAAUAUCCCCCCCCCCCCAACUCCCCCAAAAAAUUAAAUUCUAGUAACAUAUAACUGUACAAUACCUGUCGAUGAUGUAAUUUAUACUGUGGAUAAUUAUGUGGAAUUCUCUGCUAUCUUUUUUAUUAAUAGAAAAAUGAGAUCCAAGUGUUUUGUUUUGUUUUUUUAUAAACAGCAGGGUUUUGAAAGUUGUUUUGAUGGUCAAUACUGUACAUGAACACAGGUUUGUACAAUCACGGCACGCUGGGUGUAGCUUCCGGCAGAUGCUGUCGGCCUUUGGAAAAUGUCGAGCACGACGAGGGCUGGGAUCCUUUGCUAACCACAGGAAUAGAAAAAAAAAUGAAUUUUUGCGCUUUUGAGAUGCAAAAGCCUCCCCAAGUAGAUUUCCAAAUUGUCGUGCAUACAGAAAAGGGCACUGAUUUGUGCGUCGGAGAAAAGAUCACAACUGGUAGCAUGUGGAAGAAACUGAAGUGCACUUUUCCUAUACAUGGAAACGAUUGGUGGCGCUUGCUGGUGAGGUGGUGUGGGAAGAAAGUGUGAUUGGAUGAUUCCCAUGCAGAGAAAUCCCAAAAGUGCCUUUAACUGGAAAAUCGUCUGUGCUCUAUUUGUUUAUAGCCGAGCCAAGAUGAGCCUUGGUUUGAAAGACACUUUUUGGAAAACCUCUGAAAUCGGAUUUGUCAUCUUCUGCACGCAAUUAAAACGGGAGCGACUUGAUUAACAUGAACAUAAAAAAGCAAGAAAGAAUGAUUGCCCUCGACGGAGCGCAUGAAUGUGCUGAGUCUCAACGGAUUGUGCCCCCACCCCGCCCCUGCCCCUGCCAAACCCACACAGUGUUCACCCCCCACCCUCCCGCCCUCUUGUGAGGCCACAAGGGGGCGUGUUUUCUCAGCAUCGUGUGGAACAGAGAGCGUGAUGCAGACAGGGGAAGUGGAAACAAAGCCACACAGAUCACUCGGGCGCCCCCGCCCCCUCCGACUCCAUAUAACCCAGAUGACAUUACUCUGCUCAAACAGCAUUGUUAUAGUGUUUAUUGCUCAUUGGGUUUCUUAAAUGAUGUGGAAUCAUUUCAAACGAAUUGUGUCUGGCGUGCUUUGUUUCGAAAGGAUAUGGAUUUUCACCGCUGUGACAUGUCAGAGUGGGCUUUUCUUUGCAAUGAGCAUUCCGAAGACACCACACAAUAACUCAUCCCAUUUUGUUGAAUUGUGCAACUUUUAAUUGUUUUUGGGGUAGGGUGCGGGAGGGGGUGAAUAAAUUAGGAAGUAAGAAACUCAUUGAACCCCGCUGCAAAGUGCCGACUAUGCUUUGUCACUCGCCCUUUUGAUGAUGUCCAUUUCAUGUUCUGUUUGUUUUCCACUUGCGCAUUUCAUGGCGUUAGGAUUUAAUGGGUGCGAGCCAUCAUCUUCCCGUCCGCCUCUCUGUCCCUGUCCCCGUCGCUCUGGUCCCAGCAUGGGCUCAAUUAAAGCCGUUUCCCUUGCCCUUGGGCUCACGCACUGAGGCGGCGGCGCUUUGCGUGAGAUGUGCCAGCGAGAGGUCUUCAUUAUGCGCUUCUUAAGAAGACUCCAUUUGAUUUGACAUCGUUUUAUUUGGAGGGGGCCAAGCUUAAAGAGUUCCCACCCUCGGCCACUCCGCUCUCCCAGCCUCUCUCUUGAUAAUCCGCCUCCC